AUGAAUUAUCGGUUUGUUAGAGAUAGUUUUGUUGGUAGGUUAAUUUAUCAUUUAUCAUCGCACAAGUAUUUUUCAUAUCCAGAGGAGGCUUUGGAUUAUGUUGUUCCCCCAAAAUACUGUGUUAAUUCAUCAACUGAAAAAUUACCCAGUGAUAAUGUUGAGCCAGUGAUUGUUACUUGGGAUGGUGAAGAUGAUCCAGAAAACCCGAUCAAUUGGACAGGUACCCAAAAGGGUUUCUUUAUUUUCCAGAUUUCUUUCUUAACUACAUCUGUAUACAUGGGUUCUGCUGUUUAUACUCCUGGUAUUGAGGAAUUAAUGCAUGAUUUAGGAGUUGAACGAGUGGUUGCUACUUUACCAUUAACUUUAUUUGUAAUCGGUUAUGGCGUUGGUCCUUUGAUAUUUAGUCCAAUGUCGGAAAAUGCCAUAUUUGGUAGAACAUCGAUUUAUAUUGUCACAUUAACAAUAUUUGUCAUUUUGCAAGUUCCAACAGCAUUAGUUAAGAAUAUUGCAGGAUUGUGUAUUUUGAGAUUCUUGUGUGGGUUCUUUGCUAGUCCUUGUUUGGCUACUGGUGGAGCCAGUGUUGCUGAUAUAACUCGUUUAUGUAAUCUUCCACUUGCAAUUUCUUGUUGGAGUAUGGCUGCAGUGAGUGGUGCAAGUUUUGGUCCCUUUUUUGGUUCUAUAUUAACUGUCAAAGGUGGCUGGCAUUGGACCUUUUGGUUUAUGUGUAUUGUCAGUGGGUUUUCUUUGUUUACUUUGUCAUUCUCACUUCCAGAAACUUUCAGCAAGACAUUACUUCGUCGUAAGGCACAAAGAUUAAGAAAAAUUUCUGGCAAUAAUCAACUUAGAAGUGAAGGUGAGAUUGAAAAUUCCCAAAUGACUUUCAACGAAUUAGUUGCCGAUACAUUAUGGCGACCAUUGGAAAUAACCAUUAUGGAACCUGUGGUUUUAUUAAUUGAUCUUUACAUUGCUUUGGUUUACAGUAUCGUGUACCUUUUCUUUGAAGUUUUCCCUAUAUAUUUCAUUGGAGUUAGAGGAUUUACAACUAUUGAACUUGGGUGUACAUAUUUUGCUUCGGUUUCUGGUGUAGUUAUUGCUUGUUCCUUCUACAUUCCUAUUAUUCGACACCAAUUCACAAAGCCAAUUUUGCGUAAAGAAACAGUUUAUCCGGAGGUUUUCAUUCCUAUGGCAAUAGUUGGUGGGGUUUUGUUAUCGGUAGGCUAUUUCAUAUUCGGCUGGUCAGCUACAAGACAUACCCAUUGGAUUGGGCCUUUGAUUGGUGCAUCCAUAAACUCAAUGGGAACAUUUUUGAUUUUCCAAACGUUGUUUAAUUUUAUGGGUGCUUCAUUUAAACAUGAAUAUAUUGCUUCAGUAUUUGCAUCCAACGAUUUAUUUAGAUCCGUUGUUGCUUCGGUUUUCCCCUUAUUUGCCAAUCCAUUGUUCAACAAUUUAGCCACAAAAGAGUUCCCAAUAGGCUGGGUGUCGAGUGUGUUGGGGUUUAUAGCAGCUGCGAUGAUUUCAAUCCCUGUAUUGUUUUAUUUGAAUGGUCCUAAAUUAAGAGCUAGAUCUAAAUACGCAAAGUAG